AUGGACUGCACCUUUCCCUUCAGCUCUGGUACACAGCGCUUGCUGCAGCUGGAUGAGGAGCAGCUGGAUCAGUGGAAGUCCUCUCAGCAUGUAAGGCCCCAGAACCACCACCAUGCAUGGAGCCAGAGCCCCGUUGGCCGGGGAUGCCGGAACAACCGCUUGACGCCACUGGAGUGCCAGGAUCUGCUGGUCCAGAACGCGCUCUUCACUGGGGACCUGGAGAUGGUGCAGAAGUACUUCACCAAGGGUGCAGCCAUCAACCUCGUCAUUGAGACCAGGGGUGAUGAGCUGCGCUGGACUAGCAGGAAAAGGGGCUCUCACAGGAUAUCUGCUUAUAUCUUUGGGGAAAUAGAGGAUCCCAUCAGAAGGCAGAUGGAGGCUUACUGGCAGGCACUGCUGGCAGGGGAUCAAGGGGCUGUGGCCGAGAUCCUUGGCGACCCUCAUAGCAACCUGAGUCCCAAUGCUGUGUUUGACACCAGUGACCUGGAGGAGUGGAAAAACUACCGCUUCAAUAUCCGCCGGCUGAGUAUGUGGGAGGUGGCUUGUGCAUCCGCCAGGACCGACUGCGUGCCCCUGCUGCUCAGCUUCGGCGCAAACCCCGAGGCUGUCUCUGAGGAUGGCUACAAGCCCUUGCAUCUCUGCAAGAGCCCAGAGUCCAUCGAAUGUGUCCAGCAGCUGCUGCAGCAUGGUGCCUGCGUGAACAGUCGGACCGAGGAGGAAGAGGACACAGCGCUGCACGUAGCAGCACGGCAUGGCCUAGCAGAUCACGUCCAGCUGCUGCUGCGCUACGGGGCAGAGCUGGAGGCAGAGAAUGAGGAGGGGCAGACACCACUGAAUGUUGCCUGUGCUCAGCCCCAUCAGCCCUGGGACAGGGACCGCUACUUCCAGGUCUGCCAGCUGCUGGUGGAGCGCGGUGCCAGCAUCAACGCUGCUGACCGGGACCGUCAGCACCCGCUUCACCUGGCCUGCAAGAAUGCCAAUGUCCAAGUAGCAGAGUUACUGCUGGCCCAGGGUGCAAACGUCAACGUCAUGAACUACAGUGGCAACACGGCACUGCACAACAUCCUGCAGGCAACUGCCUACAAGCUGGACCACCACCCCGAGCUCGUCGUGCGAGCCCUGCUCAACUAUGGUGCCGUCCGCAUCUGGCCCGGCUCCCUCCUCAAGGUGCUGCGGUACUGCCACACCUGCCCGCGCGUCAUUGAGGCCCUGGUGAACAGCUACGCCCACGUGCGCAUCUCCCGGGACUGGGCAGAAGCGGUUCCAGUGGAGGUUGUGCAGAAAUACCCACAUUUCUACCAGUCACUCUUCUCCCUGGAGCAAAGACCUCGCUGCUUGCAGCACCUGGCUCGCUGCACGCUCAGGACCUUCCUGGAGGGCCGGUUGCUUCGGGUCCUGUCUCAGCUGCACCUGCCAAGUGCCCUACACCGGUUCCUGCUGCUCGACUUUGAGGAUGUUCUCUACUAA